AUGCGUGCGCCGGCUGCUGGUGCUGCUGAAAGAGUUGCUGCAAAUAGUAUGCGGAGAUAUAUCAAUCAGGGUUAUGGCCACGGCGCAGAUAGGCUUAGCAACAGCGACAACAAGCUGCUGCUCCGCAGUGACUUGCACAGCUUGUGGGACAACAGGGCUUUCCUUCUUGCGCCGAAGGAGAUGAUGUCUUUGUUCUGCAUGUGCUGGAGGAUUCGUUGGAACUGCUUGCGCGCUAGAUACCACAACGUACGAACAUAUCCCUUGUCAGUAAGCCGAGAGCUGUUGUUCGCUCGUUUCGCUUGGGCCCUACUCCCUCACGUACGUAAUUUCGUCGCAGCUCGCCAAAGCCGGACAGUCUCUAUUGGACUGAAGACGGGAGAGCUCGUCACUCGAAGACUGUCAGCCAACCAGUGCUCUGCUCUUGCAGAGGAUCGGAAGAAAAGCCUGAGUCCAAAGAAGCGAAAAGCGCAGGAGUCGGGAAGUGACAAUGUGACGCAGGGAAUCGCACCUUCCGCAGGGACAAUUGACUACAGCCCCGCCGCCGAUUCCGCUUACGCCGCGCAUGAAUAG